AUGGGCAACUCGUCGUCACAAGACACGAUGCUACACGAGGGCGAAGGAGGAGAAUACAAUGCUCCCGAAUCACCUGCGCCAAUAAACAUAGAGGGUUCGAACCCGCCAGGGAUAUCCCCGCCUGUGUCGCCGCGGGUACAGCCGUUCCUUGAGGGGGAGGACCCAGACCACAGGGGCAUGCCUGCAGACGCCAAUAGUUCGGGUUUGCCAGUUCUGAAGCCUCUCACAAGCGAAGAGGGCAGCUCACCGCGACCACGCGCCCGUCGCCGAUCCACGCUGAUGCUUGAGGGCGAAGACGAGGACAUUAAUAUGCGUGACGCCGCUGCAGAUCCGGAUGGUCCCAUGUCUAGAGCGGCGUCAGGCGACCAGCUGGAACUGGAGCGCAUGCCUGCACAGAACACUGGUUCCGAGGGACUGGUUGAGACUGUCAUUGAGUGGAAGCAAGGCGGAAAUGAUGUCUACGUCACAGGCUCGUUCACGGGCUGGAGACAAAUGAUUCCUCUCCACCAAAACGAGCCUGGCAAGUUCACGGUUGUUCUGAAACUCGCCCCGGGCACCCACCGCUUGCGGUUCGUUGUUGAUGGCGAGCUCAGAACGUCAGACUAUAUGUACACAGCUACGGACUCUAUGGGCAACCUACUAAAUUAUAUGGAGGUUCAGCCCCGUAACGGGCUUGAAUAUUGGGCAGUCGAAGAAGAGGAGGAGGUGCCGGAGGAGGAACUGGAGUAUGUGCAGGUAAUCCCCGAAAUUUUUGCCAAUAUUGAAGCUCUGGACAGACUCUCCAGCCAAGAUUUCACCACGCCGCCGCAACUGCCACCCCAUCUCGAUGGUGUAAUUUUGAAUGCAAAUUGGAACGAAAAAGAUAAUAAUUCCGUCUUACCUAUCCCCAACCAUGUCAUUCUGAACCAUCUUGCUACAACCUCAAUCCGCCAUAAUGUUCUGGCAGUGGCCUCCGUUUCCCGUUAUUCCUCCAAGUACGUCACGCAAAUACUAUAUACGCCAUUAUAG